UUUAACUAGUUUCUUUAAGAGCGACAAAACACUUUCACUUUAAAAGGCAUAAAGUAAAAACAAAAAAAAUAAAAAAUAAACAAAAAAAUUCUUAAUUACUUUAUUAAAUAAAUUUUAGUAUGUUAAUAAAAAGAAUUUAGUUUGUUGUGUCUGAUAGCUGCUUCAAAUUGUUAAUAUUGAUUUUUCUUGAAAUUGACAAAAGGCAACAACAUCCUUGUUUAUGCUCUUGACUCUCUUGCAUACUCAAUUCAACCGGCAGCACUCUCUGUUUAUGUUUACCUGUGAAAAUGUAAACAAUUGUUGCCUACACUUGCUUAUGAAUUCCUGAGAAGUCGCAUUUUGCAAUUAUGAAAUACAAUAAACUACAACAUAAUCAUUCACAUCAUCAUCAUCAUCAUCAUCACCAUCUACAUUAUAACAGUGGUAAUGGCGCUGCUAAUGCAAGUCGUUCAGGUUUAACGUCAUUGACGGCCUCCAAACGCAACAAAAAGCAUAACUGGGGCACUCGUGAGCGUUCAGGAAUGAGUUUUUUAAUUGUUAUCGCUUUCUUUGCUGUGUUCGGCUUAAUCAUAUUAACAGAGAUAUUUAUGAUCGAUGAACGAGCUCAUGGUGGUAUGAUUUUACGUGGCGGUGGUGGUUAUGGUAAUCGUAUGGGCGACUCUAUGCCCGAUUAUGAUAAUGUUAAGGAUGAUUAUGAUCUAAUCGAUGCCAGCUUACUAAAUGAUAAUAAGUUAGGUUAUGUACAACUUCAAGACAAUAAAUUUAAAAUUCAAGAUGCCGAAAGCAAUGAUGCUGGCGGUGGCAUUGGUGGGCGUUUGGCGGGAGUAUUGUUGAAUUCAGCUGCGGUGGGCAAUGCAUAUGCUGGCGCCGGUUUGGGUGGUGGCACUGGCUUAGGUGGUAAUGGUCCUUUAAUACCUUGGGGCAAAAUGUUACCAAGUAAAGUAGAAGAGACACUGCCACGUUAUCCAUUUGGCAUGUUGCCAACCGAUGGCUCUUGGCAAAUAGUUAAUGGUACACGUUUUAAAUUUUUUGUUUUCUCUGCUUAUUACGACCGUCGAGAUGAUGCAAAACUGAUACGUGUGGUGGGGGCGACGAAGACUAGAGGACCAGAACGUGUAUGGUGCAGGUUGUGGUACAUACCAACGCGUAGUAGAAAUAAUUCAACCGCAACAAAUCACAAAACCGAUGACGAGUUGUUGAAACAUAGAAACUUGUAUAAAUCCGUAACAGUGAUGGCAAGGGUGAAGGCCAUCAGAGAAAAUUGGAAUCUUAAAUAUAGUGCAUGCUUUAUCUUGUGUCCAGUGCGUACACCCGAUUAUGAUGUUCCGCAACAUAUCAGUAUAGUAGCGCGUUUAAGAGCCCCACCUGGUAAUUUAUUGCAAUUACGUAAUACCGAUUUUGAUCCAGACUUCAAGAAAUUUAAUAACAAAUCGAAGCGAAAUAAAACGGAAUCAAAAUCAAAUCUGAAUUCGCCCACAACAACUUUAGAUCUAACAAAAUUUGCGCCCGAGGACCAUAUACCUGAAAAAUUGGCUAUUUGUGUAAAGCCGUUUCAUUUUGAUUAUGAUCAGGCUCUAUACCUGAUAGAAUACUUAGAAUUUUACGCUUUAUUGGGCGUGUCGCAUUUUACAUUUUAUAAUCACACUAUUGGACCCCAAGCCGAUUGUGUACUACAGCACUACGUUACAGGCGAUGUACCAGAUAAAUCAACAGCCUCCGAUGUAGAAGCGAACGUCAGUCAAAUUCACAUACCAAAAUUUGAAGAUAGCCCUCUCACAGGAGCAUUGGCAACGCAAUUUACGGCUACUGAAACUACCUCAGUGCCGGUAAGGAAACUGAGCAGCCUCAAUUAUAUGAAGCCGUCUAUACAGAUUUUGCCUUGGAAUUUACGUAUGCGAUCGCAAAAAGAAAUACGCACCGAGGGCUUGUUUGCCGCCUUAAACGAUUGCUUGUAUCGGAGCAUGUACCGUUAUAAAUAUUUAGCUUUAGUAGAUUUGGAUGAAUUUAUUGUACCUCGAUAUAACGAUACGCUGAUUGAAUUGAUCAAUUCUUUAUCCUACCGCUUUCGCAAUCGGAACGCUGGAGCGUAUUCAUUUCAAAAUGCUUUCUUCUAUCUGCAAUUUGCCGAUGAUCCUCUAGUCAGCCAUUUCACAAGUGCGGUACCAAGUGAAUUAGCCAAACUAAGGGCAUCUCUGGUUACACAAAGAAAGACAAGACGGCGCUACAAGCUGCAUCCUCAGAAACAACGUUCAAAAUAUAUUUGCAAGCCCGAGGCUGUCGUAGAGGCGGGUAAUCAUUUUGUUUGGGAAUUUAUACCAGGAAGAGGUUCCCUUAACGUCCCUCCUACCGAAGCCAUAUUGCAGCAUUAUCGGGUUUGCGAAUUUGGUGGCAAUGACUGUAUUAAAGCACCAUCGGUAUUAGAUCGCACUGCCACAAAAUAUGUCAAUCGUUUAGUGGAACGUGUGUUUUCGGCCUAUAAACACUUGAAAGGUAAAUGUAAGCUGCCAGAUUUACCACCGUUGCCAAAAGUUUCCCAACCGCCACCGGAAAUGAAACCAAUUAUACGUAAAUUAUCUGAUAAAUCAAGAACAAUCAAUGUCGAACAUACGCCUAAAAGUUCGCUAGCAAAACAUGAUCAUGUUCCCGAAUUAAAGAAAAACAACGAAAUUCAAAGGAAAACAACAACACCAGCAAUAUCAAAAAAUAAAUUAAAAACAACGAGUGCAUCAAAUUUGGAAGCGAAAAAUGCUACAAUACAUAAAAAGGAAAAAUUAAUUAUCAAUCAAACAACGACUCAAACAACGGAAACAACGGAGACCAGAUAUGGUACAAUAACAGCUACUGGUACUAAAACAACAGUAGCAUCUCUAACAACAACGAAAAAUCUUUCGCCAGGUGCAGAUGCGAUGAAAAAUUAUGCUGCCAAUAAAAAGAAACGUAAAGUUGUAGUAUUUUUCGUCGAUGAUCAGGGUAAUCCAAGAGCAAGAUUGGAAUAUCACUGAGGCACAACUUGCAACGCUCACAUAACAUAUCACGCGGAAAUAAACAAAGUGAUGCGAA